GGAACAAACCACUCCUCAGAGCUGUGACACGGCGUCUCUACGAGCACGAUGAGGAAGUGACGCUGGUCCAAGCAGAGGAAGCAGAAGCUGCGUCUGUGAGGGAGAAGCACUCGGUCAGAAGCCCUGAGGAGCAGAGACACCAUGGUGGACCUCAGAGGGACUCAAAGGACUUUCUGUGUGAUGCUGCUGCUGCUUCAGGCUACAGUAAGUGGACAAACCCCCCCUGACCCCCACUUCCUCGUCAGAGCCGGAGAUGACGUCACUUUACCUUCAACCCGUGUGAAUCAGGACAGAUGUGAUGGUUCUACUUGGCUUUACAGUCGUUUUGGAUCAGCUGUGGAGCUGUUUAAUCUUGGGAAGAUUAAGAAGGAUUCUGUGAUUCCAGAAGCUAAAACCAACAGAAUGAGUUUGACAGCAAACUGUUCUCUGGUUAUAAGAAAGGUCUCAGGUGAAGAUGUUGGUCUUUACACCAACAGAGACUUUGAUAAAGCAGGAAGACAACAAGGUGCAGAUAGUGUGUCUGAGCUGUUUGUUCUUACAAUGGAGGAAAAGGACUACGAGGGUCUGGUUGAGUUGUCCUGCUUUGUGUUGAGAUUCUCUGAGUGUAAACACACAUUAAAGUGGGUUUAUAAGGGUAAUACGACUGAUGUGAUGACAUCACAAAAUCCCUGUAAAGCCACUGUGACGUUUAAAGCUCCUCUUCAUCAGAAGUCAAACUAUUAUGAGUCACUGAAAUGUGAAGUGAGAAACAAUCAAAGUGGAAAAACUGUGCAUUUUGAAGCCUGCAGUCAGUUCUCAUGUGAACAAACAGGAGGCCCAUCGGGGGGGGGGAACGUUACAGCAACUGACCAGAGAGACUCUACAACAGGCUGGUGGAUGUGGCUCAUCAUCACGCUGGUGGGUUUCUUCGUCCUCUUCAUCAUCCUCCUGGUCCUCAUCAGACGGAGAGCUGAAGGGAAAAAAACACAGACGGACGAAAACAUCGGAAUGAGCUCUCAGCAUGGGAUCCAGCCCGCUCCAGAACCCCGUCAGGACGCGGCCGACCCCGAGGAAGGCGUAGCCUACGCCUCCGUCAGCUACACCCAGACGGCCGGAGGAGCAGCGCGGGCUCGGGUCAUUGAUGGCGUUGAUGGUGAUGAUGCGGUGACUUACUGCACUGUGAAAGCUCCUCUUCCUCCUUCUUCUUCUUCUUCUUCUUCUGGAGCCUCUGCUGAUCCCAGCGAGCUCUACGCCAUCAUUAACAAACCCAACAAAUAAGAGAGGCUACGUUGAUGAUUCUGUGGAAACCAAGUCACGCUUUCUUCAUCACGUUCACUGCUGAGAUGAAUUGAGCCGUUUAGCAAAAUGUUUGGAGCAUUAAAAAUGUAUUGAUUUUAUUUAAAUAACCUGAAUGUUCA